AUGCCAAACGCAAUUUUCAAAAAGAAGGUGUACGAAGAAAAUCCCUUGCACUUAAAAGAUUUUACUACCAAAGGUUUCAUUGGAUUCUCACUGGAGCACAGCGUUAAUCCCGUUAUAAUUUCACUUCUUGCUGUUUGUGUACUUCUACUGUCCUCAGAAUCCUUGAUUGGUGUAUUUUUUGCUGUGAGCAUACAAAAAAGGCUAAAUGCAGCGUCUCUGAGCGAACGCACAAGAAAAUUACAAAAGCAAUUAUUCCAAAUGCUACUUCUUCAGACAAUUUGCCCAACUGUACUUCUCUAUAUUCCUGCAACGCUGGUCUACGUAGAACUCUUGACCCCAGCGUCAUCUAACCCUAUUUUGACGGACUGGUGCGCAUUUUACACCAUGUCUGAGGAAGCGCAGAUACCGACUAUUAAUAAUAAAGAGGAAACAGUGCAGAAGUCAGCUGCAGUAAAAGAAACAGCAGAACAGGAGAACCCAGUUCCCCUUACAGAAUCAUCUGUGCCAAAUGGUGAUUCUAAUGGACAUGGAAAAGAUACCGUUGACACUCAUAAACCAUCUGAUCCCGUACCAGCGACUGAACCUACAGAGGGAGGAGGUACUGAGAAGGAAACUCCGAUGGACACAUCCGAACCCGCUGAAGCAAGUGAGGCGAAGGCUGCUGGUGAUGUUCCACCACAAGAAGAAAAGGGUGACAGUGACACGGAAAAAUGGGAAGUCGUCGAGGAAGAUGAAUUAGCCAAGGCUAAAGAGGCAGACGCUGCUCAGAGGGAGAAAGAGGCAGAAAAACUCAUGGAAGCAGAAGAAACUGCAGCACUUGGCGAAGCUGAAGAGCCAUCCGAAGCUGCUGCAGAACCUGUGGAAGAUGCUCAGGCUCCCGCUGAGGAAGCUCGCGUUGCUCCAGAAGUUCCCGCUGAGGAAUCGAAACCAGAAGAGAGUAAGACGGGGGCAGGUGAAGUAGAAGAAAAGCCCAAAGAAGCAGCUACUCCUGCUGACAAGGAUAAGGCGGAGGAGCCAAUGGAAGAGGACGAGGAACACAAGGAGGCACCAGCGGAAAAUGAGAAACCAAAGGAAGUCGACUCUGAAUCUCCUGCUGUUACAAAUAGUGCAGGAGGCAGAGGAAGGGGACGCGGUCGUGGUCGUGGACGAGGAAGACCAGCAGGAACAACAGGCACCGCUACUCCUCGUGCUCCCCGCACUCCACGCGCUCCUGCACCGCCUUCUGAAGAUGCGCCGUCAUCAAUAGCGUCGUCGCGGCCUCGGCGUUCUACAUCUACACGAGUCGAUUAUGCGAAUCCAGAUACAUCCACUGUCCUAGCUGAGGUAGAUGAUGAAAUUCCUGGCAAGCUUUUUCGAGCUGGACGCGGUCGUGGUGGACGUGGUAGAGGCAGAGGACGAGGAAAACGUGGUGCAUCCGACAGUGAUAGCGACCAGCCGGCCAGCGACGAAGAUGAUGUAGAGUUUGGUAAGAAGAAGCGAGGCGCCGCGCGAGGUCGCGGUCGUGGAAGAGGACGCGGACGUGGCAGAGUUGCUGCUACUACUACACCAAAGGGGAAGCGACGUGAUGAUUCUGAAGAUGAAGAUGACAACGAAGUAGUUUACGAUGACUCAAAGUCAGAUGAUGGCGCUGAACCUGGAAGCGGUGAUGAGGUCAUGCCAAAAAAGAAGCGCGCCGCUGGCACCGAUCAUAAUCUUCCGCCCAAAAAGAGGGGAAGGGCUGCCGAUGACUAAAUAGAAAGGCAAAGCCCACCUCUCCAAUAAUCGCGGAUUCGCCUCAGUAUCUGAAUAAUCUCUGCCAGGUACUCCUCCAUAACUGUCUAACCUCGUGACUGCCUUAGCGCCUGCUUCAAUAUUCUUGAAGUAUCGUUUGAUCUGUUUGGCUUUUUCUUAAUUACUAACGAUUCCGAAAAGUCAUGAGGGUUUCAUGUAGACAUUAACUCACAUGUAUCCUGUUAUUGUACAUAUAGCUCUGUAGAGUUAUCAGGUCUCAUUAUUCCAUUCUUGUUAUUAUCGUGCCGUUGAGGUCCGAAUAGUGGAGUUAAGCGUCUGAGCUGUUUUAGCUCUGUUGGUCAUCUUCGCGGA